GUUGCCAGGAAACAAGAAUAAAACAAACUUAAUCGCUGAGAAUCCGCAAGCUCUGCGUUCCCAGCUUGCCGGGAGCGGGGCCGGUCAUGGCGGCGCGGAGCCGCGAGAAGGAGCCGCUCGACCUGGUGCAUCAGAACCAGAUUUUCUGCGAGACCGUCCGGAAGGAGCUGCGGUGCCAGAAACUGCACACGGAGUACGGGGUCAACCCCCUCAAACGGGUUCACACAAUCACCAGGAAGCCAAUGUCUUGGCAUGAUAAUAUAGAAGAGCCUGCAGAUGCCCAGGGAGGAGAUGACGCUGAGUGGUCUGACGGUGUCUACGAUGAAGGGAAAAGUGACGGUGGUGUGGAAAAGGUGAACCUCUCCACAACCUGGGAAUGUCUGCAGCAGCAACAGAUCAAGGAGUUAAUGCACUCUCCCGUGAAAGUUUCCCAGAAUCAACUGGCUAAAAAUUGUCCUUACAAUGUGAAGAAUCUUGUAGUUUUACAUAAUUAGUAGUAUAGGUAAAGGUAUGUGUUUAUUAAUCUGAUUAUUCUAAGUUCUAGGGAAAAAAUCGCUGCCAGCGUGGUCCCACACUGUCAGCGAUUUGGGGGGUGUGUCAUAAAGAGAUAAGUAAGAGUUAAUAGAACAGAAGUACUUCAUAUCUCUUUUGCCUGUAAAGGAUUAACAAGCUCAGUGAGCCUGGCUGUCACCUGACCAGAGGACCAAUCAGGGGAUAGGAUACUUUCAA